CGUUAUUAGCAGGCCAGAGAGACGGCCGCUGUAAAGGUGACAUUUAGCUUUGUGUUCACCGCGGCUCCUCCGAUCAAAAACUAAUUGUGAAAACAGAAUAGUGGCACAAAUAUAAGCAUGUCUUCUCUCAGGAGGACAGCGGGUGUCCUGCGAACAGGCCUGCAACUUUUCAGACGCGGACCUCAGCAGAUGACCGUCAGAAAGGCAGGAGGAGGCCCUCAUAUUGAGCCCCAAUACAGACAGCCUCCUCAGCUCACCAAGAACCAGAAGUUUCAGGCAGAGCUGCUCAGCGGUGCCAUGUGGUUCUGGAUCCUGUGGCACAUCUGGCACGACCCAGACGCCGUACUGGGUCAUUUUCCAUGGCCGGACACUUCAGCUUGGACCGAUGAGGAGCUGGGAAUCCCACCUGAUGAUGAAGAGUAGAGUCGCCCUCAACGACCCAAUCUGCAUGUGCACCAGAUCGCAAAACCUGCACAUUUUCUGUGGAGGAAACUGAAAGUUCCUGUUAUGUAUAUGGACUUAUUAUCAAGUCUAAUUGUAAAAGUUGCAUUACAAAGUAUAAAUAAAAGCCACACACGCUUCA